ACUCUCUCUCUCCAUAUACAUACAUAUCUGUGCUUCAUGGAAGAUAGAGUCCUUGAAAUCGUGGAGAGUGUGGAGAGCUUGGUAAGGUCAUGUGCUCCCUUCUUCCUCGCAUCCAUGGCUUUGCUUUUAGGGUUCCUGGUUUACUUCUACGCACCAUACUGGAGAGUGAGAAGAGUGCCCGGUCCUCCAACAACGUUUCCUCUUGGCCACAUUCCUUUCCUCGCCAAGCACGGGCCAGAUAUCUUGAGAGUGUUUGCUAAGAACUACGGGCCAAUCUUUAGAUUUCAUUUGGGAAGGCAACCACUAGUGAUUGUAGCAGAUGCAGAACUCUGCAGGAAGGUGGGGAUUAAGAACUUUAAAGACAUAAGGAAUAGAAGCAGCCCUUCGCCUGCAACUGGGUCACCUCUACUUCAGAAUGGACUCUUUCUUUUAAGGGACUCGAGGUGGACUUCAACGCGAAACAUCAUCACCUCCCUUUACCAACCCGCCCACCUCGCAAGCCUUAUCCCCACCAUGCACCACUAUGCCACCUCCUUCUGCCACACCAUCUCCACGAUCCAACGCAACCGAGAAGACGUCCCAUUCUCCGAGCUCUCCCUGCGCCUCGCCAUCGACAUCAUCGGCAAGACCGCUUUCGGCAUCGAGUUCGGGCUCCUCAACGACGACGACGACGAUGAUGAUGGUUCCUGCUUCCUCCGGCAGCACACCUACGCCAUCUCCUCCCUCAAGAUGGACCUCUCCGGCUCCCUCUCCACGGCAUUGGGCCUGAUCGCCCCGGUGCUCCAAAACCCUUGCCGUGAAAUAUUCAAGAGGAUCCCCGGCGCCGCCGACUACAAGCUGCACCAGAUGAACCAGCAGCUGUGCGACAGGAUCGACGCCAUCAUCGCGAAGAGGUCGAGCGAGAUGACCCGAGAGUCCAAGGACUUCCUGGCGGCACUGCUGAACUCGAGACAGACGCGACUCGCCGAGAACCUCCUCACCGACAGCUACGUCCGAGCACUCGUGUACGAGCACCUCAUCGCUGGGACGAAGACGACGGCCUUCACGCUGGCGAUGACGGUUUACCUGGUCUCGCGACACCCAGAUGUGGAGAAGAAGCUGGUGGACGAGAUCGAUCGCUUUGGCCCCCGUGAUCUGAUCCCAACCUUCGACGACCUUCACUCCAAGUUUCCUUACCUCGAUCAGGUGAUCAAAGAGUCCAUGAGGAUGUACACAGUCUCGCCACUGGUCGCAAGAGAGACGUCGCAGCAGGUUGAGAUCGGAGGAUACGUUCUACCGAAGGGGACAUGGGUUUGGCUUGCGCUGGGGGUCGUGGCCAAAGACUCGAAGCAGUUUCCGGCGCCGGACGUGUUCCGGCCAGAGAGGUUCGAUCCGGCUCGUGAUGAAGAGAAGCGAAGGCACCCGUACGCGCACAUUCCAUUCGGCAUCGGUCCGCGCGCAUGCAUCGCCCAGAAGUUCGCCAUACAAGAAGUCAAACUCGCGCUGAUCCAGCUUUACCGGCAUUACGUCUUCCGGCGCUCUCCCGAGAUGGAGUUGCCGCCGGAGUUCCAGUAUGGUCUGAUCUUAUCGUUCAAACGCGACAUCAUGCUCCGAGCAAUCAAACGUGCCAAUGAUUAGAUCAGCCAGUGAUGCAAGCAAGCAUGCAUGUCGUGUAGUCAGCGUCUAAAUAAGGCCAGUCUUGAUGUAUUGUUAUAUGACUCAUGAUGCAAAUUAUGCCUUUGGAAUUGGCUCUGUAAUUUCAUGCUAAUAGUUAAUAUUUCUUGCUUUA